GCUGCCAAAUAAUGGUGGCCUUGAUGCUGCGGAAAAUCUCUUCUAAUUUUAACACCAAAUGAAAACAGAAACGAGUAGUGCAAACAGGGCUCAUAGUCAUAACUACCUGGAGUUUCCUAGCCCAUAAUGCUGCAGCGACCGUGUCGUCGUGGUCGUCAUCCACCCAAACUAGACGGAGAGAGUAAAGGAAAUCAAAUUGAAUUUUUUAUUCAACUCAAUAAAGCAAGUGGUUGCUGUCGUCAUGGCAACAUCCAUCAGCGAAGACGAUGAGAGAUAUUGCGACCGGAACCACGCCAAGAAUCUCCUGGAUGGACUUGACCGCCUGCGCGCUGAGAGCCAAUUUUGUGACGUCGAGCUGCGUGUGGGAAAGACCAGCUUCUGCUGCCACCGUGCUGUCCUGUCUGCGUGUAGUCCGUAUUUCCAAGGAAUGUUCUCUGGGGGGAUGAGAGAGGUUCACCAAGAUGUCGUUGACAUUCUUGGAAUUGAGGGCAACGUCUUCAAACUUCUUCUGGAUUACAUGUACAGUGGAUAUUUGAGUGUGGAGUCUGAUAUCGUUGAGGAUCUCUUAACAGCAGCCGACAUGAUUCAACUUCAGGGCGUGGUAAAUCUUUGCUGCUCCUUCUUCAAGACACAACUCCAUCCAUCCAACUGUCUUGGCAUCCUCUGCUUUGCCCGAGCCCACUCCUGUGAGGAUCUGGCCGCGACGUGUCUAGCGUUUGCCUGCGCUUACUUCGCUCAGGUAUCUGAGCUGGAUGAAUUUCUUGAACUGUCGCUGGAAGACAUCAUGACUUUGCUGAGAAGCGAAGAGCUGAGGGUGGACAGAGAGUUUGAGGUCUUCCAGGCUGCCAUGCGGUGGAUUCUUCACUCGCCAAGUGAGCGCCGUAAGAACCUAGUCCAGGUCUUGGAGCCUGUUAGGUUUCCGAUCAUCUCGCAGCAUCAGCUGUUUGACUACAUUAAGGCGUGUCAAGACCUGAGUCUUCGAGUGGCCCUAGGGAAGCUCUUGGAGCGUUUUAACCCCGAUAAGCGACAUAGCUCAACAUUACGCCCUCUGCAAUCAGUGUUCUCCAGCCCUAAUCUGCACGAGCCUAGACAGAACGCCAGGAAGUACGUCGUGCUGGUAGGUGGCUACCGUAGGAAUCCCGGUGAUCGAUUCUACGACAUGGAAACCUUAGACUCCGUGAUACAGCUGGACACCUUCACAAACAGUUGGACCUCGAUGCCAAGUCUUCAACAGCCCCGUCACGGGCAUGGAGUGGCGUUCUUAAACGGGUCACUGUACGCAAUCGGAGGAGAGUGUGAUGCUCUUAUAAACAACAUUGUUGAGAUGUUGGAUCCAGUGACGAAACACUGGAGCGAUAUGCCUCCUAUUAUGACCCAACGCUGCGGACAUGGGGUGUGUACCGUUGAUGGAGUCAUCUAUAUCUUAGGAGGAAUAGAAGGGAGUGAUGUCUUAAGGAGCAUUGAGAAGUUCGAUGCGGAACGAGGAGGAUGGUGUGUGCUACCAGAAAGGAUGCCUGAAGGAAAAAGUUACUUUGCUAUUGCAGAGGUUGGCGGGUUGAUUUACCUAGCUGGAGGGAGCACAGACCCAACUGCAACAGGGGUGGUUCUGAGAUCGCUUGAAAGCUACAACCCUGUAACGAGUGAAUGGAACAGUCUGGCCAGUAUGAAGCAUAAGAGAUCCCAUUGCAGUAUAGGGGUGUUAGGAGAUGAUCUCUAUGUUAUGGGCGGACUCAGUGCAGAUAAAAGUGUUCUGAAAUCGGUGGAGAGAUACUCCAUACUUGAGGACCAGUGGACAAGUGUGAAGCAUAUGUCGAUGCCCCGUGCCGGUGCUUCAGUGGCAACCGUGAAUGGACUGAUUUACCUCAUGGGAGGGCGUUCCUCUGGAAAGAGUAACCGCGCCCCUAAGACGCUUGAUUUGGUAGAAUGUUACGACACAAGGACCAACUCUUGGAUAGAUAUGGGCAAGAUGCCAAUAAGUCGUUGCGAGGCUGCCGUUGCAGUCAUUUGAAAUGAAAACCAGUCAUCAAGAACAAAGCCACCCCUUGCCAAUUCACCCCUUAGCAAAGCUACCCUUUGCCAAGUCGCCCCCUAGCAAAGUCGCCCCUUCCAAGUCGCCUCCUAGAAAGGUUUCUAAACUCAGGCAUGAUAUUCUUCCUACUAAAGUCUACUUUCUGAUUGUUAUUUGUCCUUGGAAAAUUGUUAAAAAUUGUGAUUAAUGACCUGCAAAGUCUAUAAAAUCCAUCACCAAGCGUAUAGGUCAGCCCUUGUACUCCAAAAUACAGUAUGCUGUCUGGAAACCUUAGAUUUUCAUUCCUGUAGGAGCAAGGCCCAAUUUCAUUCAGCUUGCUGACCACAACAAUUUUCCAAGCAAAGCCAAUUUCAUUUUGCUAUUUGAAGAUAAGCAAAUAUUCAUGCUAACUAAAGCAGAAGAAUGUGUUUAAAGACCCUGGACACCUUUGGUAACUGUCAAAUACCAGUACUCUAGUUGGUGUAUCCCAACAUACACUAACAUUAUGCUAACAAUUAUUUUGAGUAAUUGCCAAUAGUAUCCAGUGCCUUUAAGCAUAAGAGUAUUUUCAGGUUAGCAAGAAAGUAAGACGACCAGCUUGCGUGUUCACCAUGGUUUUGCAUGGUUACAUCAUUCAUUUUCACGAUUAAGCACCAGAAGGUUUGCUUACCUUUUUUCUGUACUUGUGGUUUAGCAGCUUAUGCAAUGGAAACUUUGGCAGUAGCACAAAGUCGUCCAUUAAGCAGCUGUAUGAAGCUGGACCCAGGGCUCAAUUUCUUCCUCAGCAGAAACGGGUGACUCGCCAAAAAUCACGAAGGUUACGUCGAUGCGACUGGUGCCCUACUCAUAUUUUUGAUAAGCAAAGUUGUUUUCCUGAUAGCAGCUUUAUUACUGUGGGCCCUGAAUAACUCAUAGCCCACUCACUUUCGGUAAUGCAAUUUUAAAAGAUUGUUUAAGGUAUUAUACAGGAUAGCUAAGGAUAAAACAACAUUGUUUCAAUUUCAGCCUGAAAAGCUUACAGAUAUGAGUUUGAAACAUAUUUCUCUGAAAUGUUUUCCUCUAAAAUGAAGUCGUAUUCAAGAAACCACAUCUGCUGAAAACCUUUACAAAAGAACAGCUUAUUUUGUUGUUGUAACCAAAAUUAAUGACAAUGGGGUUUACAUGUGGAACAUUUUGUGCAUGGUUCUUCAUUAUGUUUUCCUGGUUCACACAAUGGAUUUGGCCCAGAUGUGUACAGGUUUGUUAAAAGCAGUGGACACUAUUGGUAAUUGUCAAAGACCAGUCUUCUCACUUGGUGUAUCUCAA